AUGAGUCGUAUUGCUUCCCGACAAGUCCCCGAGCCAGGAAAAAAAGACAACAAAAACGAUGCACCUGCAAGGAAGGGUCUAAAACUCUGGGAGCAGGUAUCGAAAGAAUUGCGACCAAAUCCUGAAAUGAGACUCGUAACUCGUGACCACCAAUUUCAAGAUGAUGAAGAUAAUUUUAGCGACCGUCACUACAGGGUUUCUCACAGGAGCCCAUCAUCGUCGAGAGCAGGUCGGGAAGCCAUCAUAAUACGCCGACCCUCCAGCAAUUCAGAUGAAAGGCACGGAAAGGAUAAGGCUGUUCAACCAACCCAGACAGACCUUGACGCCAUCUACAAUAGUAUUCACUCCAAAGACGUCACAGUUCAUGUCGAACUCGAUAUCGUGAGUGAUUUGGAUGACGAAUUGGAAGAAUUCAAUAGGCUGGUCCGUCAAGGUUGGUUCAAGAAUGCGCAGUCCUUCUUCGAUCAGUAUCUUGCGACACACAAAUCCAAUCCGUGGGUUUUUGUACAGUUCGCCGAGAUGCUGAUUGAAAUGGGCGACUACAAGUCAUUCCACGAGUUGAACCUCGACCAAAUUUUCUUUCAGCAUGAAACGACUACCAUCGAAAGUGACGCAUUGGAAAUACUCGAACACAACUGGAAUCUGUUAAAAGUAACUGCACUAAGCCACAGCCACUUUUUUAUGAAGCAAAUAAGGGAUCAAGUUCCAACACUAGGCGAGAUGGUUUCACUAUUGGACAAUCCUGGUUCGACAGAGAUCAAGAUUGUCUGUCUCGUAAUGUACACUGCUGAGAUUCGAGCCAUGAGUGACACCUAUUCUCCCCUCUAUUCCGAAACAAGAUUAGGCGUUCGGGCCGAUUGGGAGAAAGUAUAUCAGACUCUCCUGAGGCAAGGCCCACUCUGGAACACUAAUGGCACAAACAAAACUGAGAAGAUGCUGUUUGGCGAAAGAAGCAUGUUUGAAGUUAUCCUCACUGAUUGGUCAGCCCAUGAGGGCGAUGGGUCAACACUGCUUGCAUUGUUGGACAUCUUGGCCCAUCUGAUGAUUGAGUCACCUGCCAGUAAGGAAAUUACGCCGUUUCUUGAAGCGUGUCUGUUAUCAGCUCACGAUAUUGGCGAAUCGAUCAUGAGGAGGUUCCCCGAUGGUACCCGCACCCGGCCGUUUCUCUUAUGGAUCCUUGCUCAAUCAUCGAUCUCUGCCCGACGGGAAGAUGGGCAGCCAAUGGACAUCAUCGAUUCUGAUAACUAUGGAGGUAUGGCUUGGUAUCCCACUCAUAUCGGCCUUCCUUUCUAUAUCCCUUUUCGCCAGGAAAUACCAGACUGGGCACCCCCAGACUUGACUUCAGAUUCCUUUCGACCCCUUGAGAUGGUUAUGAAGGCUGCAAAGGAGAAUAAGGACUAUGUUACACAGGGACUUUGUCUCAAGGAAAUUGCUGUGCGGAGUCGAGAUCCAACUGCAACGCUUUCGGAGCUUGUUCAGCUCGAGAAAGAAAUCCCACAUGACAAUCAAGGUUACUUGCAAACUUGUUUGGCAAAUUAUCUCGUCUCUAAGGACAAAGGCAGUAGGGAACGACUUCUCAAGGAACUGGGUGACGUAAAACCUUCCGGCAGCCCUGAGGAGCUAUUGUUUCCGAAGAGGGCUUGUGCCAGGGACAUCAUUCAUGAGGCUUUGAAGCCGCUUCCAAAGGGCCAUAAAGCGAAUAGCAUAGAGUCAGGCGCUCGGUACUGUGGAAGCUCAGAUGACCCUUUGUGGGAGUUCAUCAGGUAUCAUUCAAAGUACUUUGAAGACUGCCAUAGGGGCUGGCAUCGUGGAUCACCCCCAGAGAGAUCCUUUGUCCCUAUCCGUCGCGAAACUGGUAACGGAUCGCUAAGUGAGACGCUGGAUGACCCAACACAGUCCCCAGAUCGGAUGGAAGAUAGGGAGCUGCGUAAUGAGACUAGCGAGAUGCAUUCUACGGCAGGUUCACCUUUGGUUCGUCGCCAAACCUUCAUGCCAAUCCUUGAGGAUGUCUCGGACCACGGUGAAGAGUAUCAACCGAACUAG